AAUUCUCACAACAUCAAGCUAAGAGCUGCGAUUGAAAGCUAGCGUUAGCUGCAUCUAUUGUCACUCAUUUUAACAGCAUACACAGAGAGAAAACAUGUCAGAUACGGAGACAAAACCAUCCAGCCAAGACGGGGGGGACAAGAAGGAUGGAGAGUACAUCAAACUAAAAGUGAUCGGUCAGGACAGCAGCGAAAUCCACUUUAAGGUUAAAAUGACGACACAUCUGAAGAAGCUGAAGGAGUCUUACAGCCAGAGACAGGGUGUUCCAGCAAGCACGCUACGGUUUCUGUUUGAAGGACAGAGAAUCGCAGACAACCAAACUCCAAAAGAGCUGGGGAUGGAGGACGAGGACGUCAUCGAGGUCUAUCAAGAACAGACUGGUGGACUUUGGCACGAUUAAACCUCCUGCAUUUAUUUUUUCUUAUUUUGUAUUUUAUUUUGUAUGUAUGUACGUAUUUCUGUUCAGUUUCAAACCAUCUGGAUCAAAAGCGACUCUUAUCAGGGCUUCCAUGUUUGAGGAAAGUUGAACAGACGAGGAAAAGGACAGCGGGUCUAAUAUUUCCUUUUUUGCCUUCUAGAAUUCAGCAAUUGCUCCGCACGCUGUUUUGGAAAUGAUUGUAAUAACCGAUCAAGUUUAAAUAGUUCAAUUCAAAUGUGAGAAUCUCAAGAUGUGGCGUCCUGUGUUGUUACGCUGUGUCACUUGGUUUGGCACCAUCUUCUUCUUUACAGGACAUUGAUAAACAAUGCACUCCUCUUCAUUUCUGACUCAAAGCUAGAUGUCAAAGAUCCAGUCGGGCAGUUCAAUCCACACAUCUUCUGGACAACAUUCAGGGCAUUCGUAGACGUUCUUACCAGAGAGUCACGACACAUAUUAUGUGCUGAUAUACAGCUGGAUUAGCAGUUCGUCAACAUUUGUUUCGGCAUGUUUUGCAUUUACAGCCUCUGUGCUGUUUCAGAGGAACUGCCCCCGUCAUAAAAUUGUAAAAAGAUGAUAAUAAUUGACCCGAUGCGGUAACAUUUGAGAGUUCCAAAACACAUUUUAAAUGAUAUUUGUGCUUUACUUGUAUAUGUUGUAUUCAGUAUUGGAGUGCGUUUGAUUGAUAUGCCACAUGUAUCUGCAGUCUUCUUUUAUUUAUAUUAGAGGGGUUGGUUCUGUAGCGAUAUAUCUAAAUAUAUACCCGAUAUGGAAACAUUUUUGCUCGCUGACAGUCAUGCGGUGUUUAAACUCAGUUUGUUUAAAGAAAAAUCUUUCAAAUAGUCAUCUACGAACAGUGACAUGUUAUUAUGUGGUGUCAGUGCUUGUUUUUUAAGCUUUUCUUUGUGUUUUUUGGAAAGAAAGUCUCACUCUGUGUGCUGUAUGAAGUUCCUCAAGAAGGUUAGGAUCACGAGCAGCCCCAAACUGACCAACGAUCCUCAUCACAAACACUCAAACAGCCAGCGUGUGAUGGUUGAACCACAGCUCUGGGACAUCUAUCUGUUCACUCAAUACGAAGUCAUGUCAGCUGCCUCUACUGCCACGCAUUAUGUUUUUCAGCAUCCAGAAACAAAGCUUCUUUCAAAGGAAUGAUCCUUUUCUAAAUGAAGUCGAGCAUUGGUUAUACUCGAUUCUUGUCAUUUCUCAGAGGUGUCCUUCAAAGUAAAAGAUUAUCUCAACCCGACCGACUGUUCAUCAUCUUUCCUUUGGUGCGUCGGUGAACAGGAAGGGCUGUGAUUUGAGCCAUAACGCUGAUCCCAGUGAGGCGAAGGGACUGUUCAUCGUCAGAGGAGCAUUGAUACAGAUGGUUUGAAAUUCUGGAGAUGAGUUUGUUGCUUUUUUUGAAUAAAAUAUUUAAGAAAAUA